AUGCCACAAUCUAAGGACUACGGCAGAACAAUCGUUGUACAAUCCUUGUCACUCCUUAUUCUCUCUGGCAUCUUCCUGGGCCUCCGCCUAUAUUGCAAGGUCAUUCGCAGGAGAGGCUUCUGGUGGGACGAUCAUGUCCUGAUUGCGUCAUGGGUUUCCUUUGUCAUCUCGACAUCUUUGAUGAUUUACGAAGUCCAACUGGGUUUUGGCAAGGACAUCAACGAGGUUGACCCUGCUAUCAUACCAAAAAUUGGCCUUACUGGAACGAUCUAUGGCCUCUUCGCCGUGUUGUCUGCAACAUGGAGCAAGACAUCAUUUGCUUUGACACUAAUAAGGCUGGUGGAUGGAUGGAUGAACUGGUUCCUUUGGUUCCUUAUUGUCUCUAUGAACAUCAUCAUGAACCUGGUCAUCGUGUUUUCUUUCAUCAAGUGCACCCCUGUCGAAAAGGGCUGGCGGGCAAGCGUUCCAGGAAGUUGUUGGAAUCCACUGGUCGCAACAUAUUACAACAUCUUCGCAGGAGGCAAGUCAUUGUUCUCUCCAGAUUCAACUUCUCUAACUCUUGGGGCAGCCUACUCCGGAGUAGUCGACCUUGUGCUGUGUAUCCUUGCGUGGAUGAUUAUUUGGAAACUUUCGAUGCGAACACGCGAGAAAGUUGGCGUUGGGAUUGCAUUGACUUUUGGUAUAUUUGCCGCCGCUGCAGCUGCAGUUAAAUGCUACGCCCGCGACGAAUUCUAA